AUGUCGGACCACGACCACACCCAAGACGUACACCACGACGCCGCCCACGAACUCCACCACCCCUCACAACAACCCGACGUCCUCCCCGGCGGCCCGGAUCCGGACGUCACCGGCAGCCCCGUCGGCGGCACACCCAAGGAGCGUCACUCCCUCACUCUCGACCAACGACGCGCCCUCCGCCGCUGGGCCAAUGCCCAGACAAUCCGCCCCAGCCACAAGGCCUGCAUCGACUGGUUCUACGCCCAGUAUGGCCAGCACAUUUCCCAGUCCACCGUCUCCCACUCCCUGAGUCCCAAAUACUCCCGCCUCGAUGGCGACAACCCCCAGCUGAGCGGCAGCCGCCUGCGCUUCGGCAAUUGGCCCGACGUCGAGAAGCUCGUCCUGCGAUGGUACCAGCAGGUCCAGGCCACCGGCCGCCACCCGACCAACGAGGAGCUCGGCGAGAAGGCCAAAGCAAUCUUCACCGCCCUCCCGCGCUACAAGGACGAGACGCCCCCCGAGUUCUCCCCCGGCUGGAUCCACCGCUUCAAGAAACGCUACGGCCUGCUCAUACGCCGCCAGCGCCGCCACGGCGACGGCGGCAUCAACCCGGCCGAAGACAUCGCCUACCUCGCCGACUGCGUGCCCCGCCUCAUGGCCCUCUCCGCCGAAACCUCCCCCGCCGCCAUCCGCGAAGCCAUCCUCCGCGCCCUCGGCGUCGAAGCGAGCCUCCAAGUAUGCGCCCUCGUCCGCGACGAGGUCCUCCGCCGCCUGAGCGCCGGCGGACCCGCGACGACGAAUCCCAUGUCCCCGACCUCGGCCGUCCAACAUACCCCCGACCCGCACAGCGCCGACACAAGCCUCGUCGGCCCGCCGCCGCCACCACCCCCGCCGGGAAGCGACACGCCCAUGUACGGCGACGAGGACCCGGACAUUGUCCUGCAGAACGCGCUGCGCCAGCUGCAGCAGGAGGAGGCCGAGGCCGAGGCGACGGCGGCCGCGGCGAGAGAGGAGCGCGAGCAGCGGGAGCGCGCGCAGGGGACCGCUGCGGCGGCACUUGCGACGCCCGCCGUGCAGAGGGUCGUGUCUGCGUCGAACCGGUUCAUGCCGUCUACGCCGGAGCUGAACCUGACGCCCAUCAAGAACGACGACCCGGUCUCGGCCAACGAGAGGCCGCUGCGGUGCCCGUUCUGUGUGAACCAGCGUAUGCUUAGGACGAUUAAGGAGGCUGUCGAGCAUAUGUCUACGCACGUUGUUGUCUAG